AUGUUGCGGCCAGCGACUCCGCUUUCUAUCCUGUUCUUCAUCGCCUUUGUCUUGCUGUUGCUAAGCACCCUUUCGACGCCCAUUAUCCAGGCCAUUCCUUUGGCCCAGUUCGAUGGUGUCGACUUUGGAGUCUUUGGCUAUUGCCAAAACGGAAAAUGCAGUGGUAUGAGAGUUGGAUACGACACAGGUACGCUGCAUCUAUCAAGCUACGCCGAUCACUCUUCCUCUGACUGCGUCCUCUANGAUAAACUAUUUUCCGCCGCCGACAACAAUGAGUUCUCUCUGCCAUCCAGCACUCGAGCCUCGCUCUCGUCCAUUCUCAUCGUCCACCCUAUCGCAGCCCUCUUGACGCUCAUUUGCUUCGCACUGGCCGUGGCCGCUCAUUUCCACUCGCCUGCCCACUCUCCUCGCUAUCUUCUGGCUCUGCUCAUCCUGACAUUCCCUACCUUGCUGGUUGCUCUCUUGGCUUUCUUGGUCGACAUCCUUUUGUUCGUUCCACACAUGCAGUGGGGAGGAUGGAUUGUCCUGGCGGCCACCAUUCUCAUCAUCGCUUCGGGUGUUGUCACUUGCGCCAUGAGAAGGACUCUGGUAUCAAGAAAAGCUCGCAAGAAGCGCAUCGCUGAGAACGCCGAGAUGAACGGCGCAAACUACUACAACAACCUGCAGAAUGAGCGUCUGAUGGCCGAUGAACUGCCCAGAGCAGACAGCCCUCCGCCAAUGAACGGCACUUUCGACAACUCCAAAGAACCUCAAUUCGCGUCGUUCGAAACCAAGAGCAACGAAAGGAGAAGUGAUGACCGUGCUCCGCUCAACCCUAGAGCGCCAUCCCUCAGAAGCAAUGGUACAGCUCCUAGCACACGCCCAAUGGACGACGAACUCCCGCCUAUGCCUGUUCAGCCCGCAGACCCUUACAACAUGCAGCAAAACGCCAACCCUCCGGUCAUGUUGAUGCGCCAGACUUCUGAUGGCGCCCAUGAGCCUCAAAACCCUAACCGCAUGGGGCCUCCUCCUCCUGGCUAUGGACGUGGCAGAGGCGGUUAUCCUCCUCGCGGAGGCUACGGUCCUCCCAGAGGUGGGUUUGCACCUCGUGGCUCUUUUGGUCCAGGCCCGAGAGGUGGUUACGGUCCCGGCAGAGGUGGUCCUCAAGGUAUGAGAGGACCACCUCCUCCUGGUUGGAACGGUCCACAAGGCAGGGGAAUGGGCCCCGGUCCCGGUCCUGGCCCGAUGAUGAUGGGUCGCGGCCAGCGUGGUCCCCCUCCAGGAUACAGCAACGAUCCCCUUCCUCCUCCCGGUGUUGGUCCAUUCCCUCGCAGAAACGGCUCUCCUGAGGACCCUGUUAAUGGCGAGAUCAUCGGCCAAGCUAUCGAAAUGGACGAGAGAACUGGGAGCCCUGCUAUCCAAUCACCCACUCGUUACGAACACGAAAUGCCCGGAAUGGCUGGCGCAGGUCAGCCCUUACCCCGUCCUCGAAGAGACAUCACACCCGUCAAUCAAAGACAGCCAAGCGGCGGUGAGCCAGUUACUCCGUCAAGCAUCUACUCAGAAUCAACAUAUGUGCAACCACGAGUCGGUUGGGAUGCACCUCCUGUUCCCAGACACGCCCCUGCACCCGCGACCCAGAUGAACUCUGUACCUCCCCUCUCGCCCAUUCAGGCAUCCCCGACAUCCCGUCAUAGACGCGCUGGCUCUGAGUCAUACUAUGAAGACGUUGACCCUCGCUUCGCUGCUGCUGAUGAAUCGUCCAUGGUGGGUGCCCCGAUUCCGACUACUUUGACCCCUGGUCCUCCAAUCCCUACCGUGCGUCACCCUACACCCGAUCGUCUACAUGCUGGUCAGGAUCACGAAGGGCCACCUUUGGACAGGGACAGCUCUUAUGAGAACCUAGAGGGUGCUCUGUCACCUGCUAUGUCCGACACCAGCAACUUCACGUCAGUUAGUCAGCGUGGCGUCAACCCUAACUGGCGUCCACCACCAGGCUACGGCCCUGGAUCAGCGGCAGGCCCACCACAGCAACGCAGGAACGAGCAAAAUGAUAUGAUUCUCGGCCAAAACCCAGACUUCAUGUUGCCUGGCAUGCGCGGUGCAUCUCGAGGCGGUCGUGGUAGAGGAAUGCCACGUCCUAAUCCCACCGGGCUGACACCUCCUGGCCGUUACCCAAGUGCCAUGUAA